CAAAACUGGGUGUGUGAAAACUCAGCUCUGCCAUCAACUGCUCAAGCCAUCUUCUUUUGCGGCGCCAUAUUGGGAGGACUAGUCUUCGGAUGGAUUGCAGAUCGAUUUGGAAGAAUACCUGCUUUGGUAGGCACCAAUUUGAUCGGUCUCGUCGGAGGAGUAGCUACCAUAUUUUGCAGCGGUUUCUGGGCAUUUAGUUUUUGUAGAUUCCUGGUCGGAAUGGCUUUCGAUAACUGCUUCACGAUGAUGUAUAUUUUAGUUCUAGAGUACGUUGGACCAAAAUGGAGGACAUUUGUGGCCAAUAUGUCUAUAGCGAUCUUCUUCACUUUUGCUGCUUCUGUUUUGCCAUGGAUAGCUUAUUACCUAGCCGAUUGGAAACUUCUGUGUUUAGUAACAUCUGCACCUUUACUGUUUGGUCUUUUAACACCAUGGAUGGUCCCUGAAUCUGCAAGGUGGCUUGUUUCCCAGGGUAAAACCGACAAAGCAAUUGGCAUUCUGCAAAACUUGUCGAGAUACAAUAGAACCAAUGUUGGCGAAAACAUUUAUGAAAAGUUCAGA